AGGACCGUCUUUGCAGUCAUGUCCUUGUUUGUGCGUUUUAAUCAGCGAUUGGAAAAUAACAGGUAGUCUUGUCCGUCCUGCCUCUCGCACCCAGAUACACCCAGGAGACAAGAGGAGACGAGAGAACAUCCAAACAAACCCGUUUUGACGCUGCGCUUGGCUCCGUUCCUGCGCGUCUUUUUUUUUGCUGGGGGUGGGAGCCGACAGUAGAAGCAGUCCGCAGGGUACAACAGCCGGGUUGAAUCGCAACGUGUUUUGCACUGAGUGUCACCGCAGUCGGGGCUGUGUAUUUAUAUGAAACGGGCUGAUUUAAUGGGGCUGCCGUCAGCCCGUCUCCUCGCCUCUGGACAGAUGAUCGCCGUGAUUCACGCUCGGAUUUAGACCCUUUAAAGACGACAUUGUGGAUAUGGAAUGGUGCAUGCCGCUGGGCCAAGUUUUCAGCCUCUGAAAAACACCGGAAUCAUGGACAGUCAUCCGCUGUGCACAAGACUUUGUCCACACGCUCUGGACAAAGAAGAUGGAGUCGAGAGACAAGGUCCUGUCACUCUCAACCCCCGGCACAUGAGGAAGGCAUUCAAAGUCAUGAACGAGCUGCGCAGCCAGAGCUUGUUGUGUGAUGUGACCAUAGUGGCGGAGGAUGUAGAGAUCGCUGCUCACAGGGUGGUUCUGGCUGCUGGGAGCCCAUACUUCCACGCCAUGUUCACAGGUGAGAUGGCAGAGAGCAGGGCGAAACGAGUGAGGAUAAAAGAGAUGGACGGCUGGACUCUGGGCCUGCUCGUAGACUACAUCUACACAGCGGAGAUCCAGGUCACAGAGGAUAACGUGCAGGCGUUGCUGCCUGCAGCAGGCCUGCUCCAGCUGAACGAGGUGAAAAAAGCUUGUUGCGAGUUCCUGAGCUCUCAGCUUCAUCCAUCCAACUGUCUGGGAAUACGAGCCUUUGCUGACCUGCACGCCUGCUCUCAGCUCCUCACGCAGGCGAACAGCUAUGCAGAGCAACAUUUCACUGAGGUGGUUGGGAGUGAAGAGUUCCUCAAUUUAGGAAUGGAGCAAGUGUCCAGCCUGAUCGCCAGCGACAAGCUCACCAUCCCCACAGAGGAGAAGGUCUUUGAGGCGGUGAUAGCUUGGGUCAACCAUGAUAAAGAUGUUCGGCAGGAACACUUGGCUCACCUGAUGGAACAUGUCCGCCUGCCGCUUCUCUCCAGAGAAUACCUGGUGCAGCGGGUGGAGGAGGAGUCUCUGAUUAAGAAUAGCAGCGCGUGUAAAGACUACCUGAUUGAGGCCAUGAAGUACCACCUGCUGCCAGCUGACCAGAGAGCUCUGAUGAAAACUGCACGCACACGUAUGAGGACACCAGCCUGCUGUCCUAAGGUGAUGGUUGUGGUUGGAGGUCAGGCUCCAAAGGCCAUUCGCAGUGUUGAGUGUUAUGACUUUGAGGAGCAGCGAUGGUACCAGGUGGCAGAGCUCCCGACCAGGAGGUGCAGAGCAGGUGUGGUGUAUGUGAGCGGGUGCGUCUAUGCGGUCGGCGGUUUCAACGGUUCUUUGCGUGUGCGGACGGUCGACUGUUACGACCCGAUGAUGGACCGUUGGACGAGUGUGAGCAGCAUGCAAGACCGCCGAUCAACACUUGGGGCUGCUGUGCUCAACGGACUCCUGUACGCUGUGGGGGGCUUUGAUGGCAGCACAGGUUUGUCGACAAUCGAGGCGUACAACGCCAAGACAGACGAGUGGUUCCAUGUGUUACCCAUGAGUACCAGACGAAGCAGUGUAGGAGUGGGUGUUGUCAAUGGUAUCCUGUAUGCAGUUGGAGGUUAUGACGGUGCUACCAGACAAUGUCUGAGUACAGUAGAAGCGUACAACCCUAAAAGCAACACGUGGAGCUACAUCGCAGAGAUGGGCACAAGACGCAGUGGAGCUGGUGUAGGUGUGUUAAAAGGUUUACUAUAUGCUGUGGGGGGUCAUGACGGUCCAUUGGUGAGGAAGAGUUGUGAAGUUUAUGAUCCGGCCACUAACAGCUGGCGGCAAGUAGCUGACAUGAACAUGUGUCGACGUAACGCAGGUGUGUGUGCUGUAAACAACAUACUGUAUGUGGUGGGAGGAGAUGACGGCAGCUGCAAUUUGGCUUCUGUGGAGUUUUACAAUCCAAAUUCCGACAAGUGGACCCUACUGCCGACCUGUAUGAGCACAGGACGCAGUUACGCAGGUGUGACUGUGAUCGACAAGCCCUUAUGACUGCUCGACACCUGCCAUUGAUUCGGAGCAGAAUGUAUUCUCCUGCUGAAUACCGAUCUUGGAUCUGUCUAUGAUGCCAAUGCUUCGAUGUUGCGCAGCAUUAGCACAGGCACUGACGAAGAUAAGAUGAAGAAAAUGACAAGAUUGUUGUUGUUGAGAAUGAUGAUGAAGAUUUUUGCACUUACCUGAACGGGGGAGCUGUAACAAAACGGAGGGAGAUGGAGGGGAGUUGAACCUGUGUUUUAAUCCCCUCCAGGCAGGACUGCCGCAGCGACUGGACAAACCAGUUUGAGCAGUGUCAUUGAAACGCUACUGAUAUGAAGCUACUAUAACUGCAACGUUACUUUAACAUUAGUAAAGUGAACAUUAACCAGUUUUGAGACCACUGAUCUAAUCGAUGGGAGAGGGAGGCAGAGAAGGACCAUUUGGGACUGAAAUCUUUGUUUCUCCUUCGUUUUUAUCCUGAAAAGUGUGUGUGUGCGAGUGUCUGAGUGUGUGACUGAAUGUGUGUGUUCGGUGUGUGUGCGCUUGCAUUUAAAGGUGCUCCUUUGCUUGCACAUGUGAGCAUGUGUGUUUGUGUGCAUCUGAGUCUCUGUGUGGUGAUGCCUGGUCCGACGCAUGAACGCACUCUGUCUGACCUCUGACCUUUUACAGUGUUGCAGUGUGGCUGUUCAAGAGUGCCUGAAUGUCAAAUUACAACCCCCCUCCCCCCUGCUCCCCUCUUCUUCUCCUUUGUUAUGUCUUGAGUACUGUUACUGGACAGAGCUCAGCUGGACUCUGCAUCUCUGUACACAUUUGAGAGCUGGCUGUAAAGAUCGGUGGAGAUGGGUUAGCCAGCUUGAAUUCAGAAAAGCCAGGGAGAGAAGAAGCUGCAGAAAAUGUACAUUUCUUUAAAAAAAAAAAGAAUCUGACUUUUACUGGAAUACAACUUUUCUGGUAAAGGAGACGCCUCAUUCAUGUUGCCAAAAACAGUGACAGACAGAGGGAGAAGCUGUUUGAGCUGAAAAACAGUUGGAUGUAUCAGUGCUUUACUGUCACCUGGCAGCCAUUUUUUUGCUGUGGUUGUAACCA